AAUGUGCUCCCAAUACAAGGGUGGUUUUGAUUUGGUCGCCCUUUUUUCUACUUUUAUUGUUAUGAAUCUUAUGAUCAUGCAUCUUCAGAUAUGAUCAUUUAUUCCUCUCAUGGACGAAACCCUAAGUCCCUAAUCUUCGUUUCGGUUAAUCGCUCCCUCUUCUGGUUAUGGGGCUCCAUUGAUGUUUGUUUGUGCUUCAGUUGCUACAUUUGUUAGUUUUGACUUGAAAAAUAUUCGGAUGUCUUAGGUUAUGCUUAUGAGUUUGAUUUCUAAACACUAAACUGCAUUUUAAGACUCGAAAGCAACUGUGCCUCAUGUAUCUUCUCAUCCUUGCUCACUAGAACUGUAACUAGAACUAGAACAAUGCCUCCACAGUCCGUGUUCACAGCUAAUCUGACCUGUGGGUCUGUCAAUGACCUGUUUAACCGUAAUUGGUGUCAGUAGGAUGCAUGGGUCAUUGGACCAUCAUGGUCCAAUACAUUGAGUUUCUGGGUUAUAUUGUUGCGAUCAAAUGGGAUUUUAGCUACCUGUAGGUGGUAAUGAACCUAGUACCUUUGAUGUGGGGAGUUCACAAAGAUAUCAAUGAAGUACGGCUAUAACCAUAUCAUGUCUCCACCUACCUAGUAUAGAAUCAUUGGAGAAGGUUCAUAGGAAAGCUUAAUUCUGCAUGAUUGAAAUGGGUAUUCAACACUGUGGUCAUUCAUUCAUUAUUUUCAAAGAAGUCCAUCUAAAACUUUUUUGUUUAAUAGAUUUUAGCUCUCGAAUGAAAAAAAAAAAUGAUAACAUAAAGUAGAGACUCAAAAUACACCAUCAGCAAUGUCACUAAUGCUGGUGUGCAAACUGUAAAAUAUAAUUCUUAAGGAUCAAAUGCUUCUUGUUUUUUAAGAGUAUUCUGAAGUGUCUAUCUCAACUUUGAACUGACUAAAACAUCUUCUUGGUUAUUAACAAAUUCUGACAAUACAAUUCAAUUGGGAGAAAUAUGGUGUGAAAUCAGAGAAAUGGAGAACCAAGACCUAGACAAUUCAUGAACAAAGAAACUUAUACUUUGGCUGAACUCAACUUUCUUUCUUUCUUUUAUAAAUUGAACCCUCUUUUCGAUCUCUUUAUUGCAACUAAUAUGUUUCUCUGGUAGGUUUUGCUUACUUACCUGUAUUUGUUAAAUAUUGUUAUCGUUUAUUAUAAUUAUUAAAUUAUCAUGAUGAUGAUGCUUAAGUGCUUAGCUUGGCUAACUUUGUUUGUUAUUGGGGUUCGACUAUGAUUCCGGAAAGACAUGAUAUCUGAAAAUUUUGUGACCAAUCAACCGGUAUCAUAAACGUGUUAACCAAUCAGGUGGAAUUUAUCAAAAUUAACAGAUGGGUUUUGAUUGGUCAAAAUUCUUCUGAUACCAUGCCUUUCCGGUGUCAUAGAUUUUCCCUUAUUAUUGACAAAAUUCAACCUUUGGACUUUAAUGCUGGUUAUUUCACAACAUGUGUUUGUUAUUGUCAAAUUAUUUUCUUUGAAUCUCUUAUUGACCUGACUCAGAUUUUGUUUUGUGUAUCUAUUUGUUUCUCAAUUAUAGCCUGCACUUUAAGCAAAAACGUGAUCCUCUAUUAAUAGAUACUACUUAGACUUUCAUCCCAUUAUGUACUGCUUAUAAAUGAGUAAUUCUGUCUGUAUUAGUAGCUAUUUAAACCUCAAUUUUUUGUUAGGCUUGUAGCAUGUUAUUUGCUGUUUGGGUGCAGCUACGCUCUGCCUACUUUUCUAUGGUAGAGAGGGAAUGGAGGAAGGUGGCUACUAAGGUGGCAUUUGGUAACAUUGUAAUGGAACAUUUCUAGUAUUCCAGAAAGAAAAGGCAACAAUUUUUUGCUCCUGGGGACACCAGAAAUUCUAGUGGAGCAUUACCAAAUGUAGCUUAAUUCUUUCUACUGAAUUGUUGUGGUGCCGUGGUAACAUGGAUAAUUCUGAGACAGAUGUCAACUCGUCGAACCAGACUUCCAUCCUUUGAUAAUGCUUUGACUAGCCCUGCAAAUUGGACAGUUGAGCUAGAGAACAUGUAUAUUGACAUAAUGGUGGAGCAUGUCAAAAGGGGAGACAGGAACACAACUACUUUCUCAAAACCAGCAUGGAAGCAGAUUCGUCAGAAGUUUUAUUUCCGGACAGGAAAUAAAUAUGACCUAAAGCAGUUUAAAAACAAGUUCAACCAGUUGAGAACACGUUAUAGGGUUUUUAAGAAGCUACUAACCUUACCCCCUGGCUUCCAUUGGGAUCCAGUUCUGAGGACUCCUACAGCUCCCGAUGAUGUGUGGGAUAACUACAUAAAGGAUAACCCUGAUGCAAAGAGAUUUCGUAAAGCUGGCUGUCCAGAGUAUGAUAAGUUAGGGAUCAUAUAUGGUGAUUCAAGUAAAUUAGAGUAUAUUGCAGACAAAAAUAAUCAAGAUCUUAUAUUGGCAGAUACUGACCUAGAACAACAACGUGAAGGUGAUCUUCACUCUGAUACACCACCCUCUGCUCAAUUUGAGGCAAAUUUGACUCCCAAUCUGUCCGAGGAUGUUGAAGGUGAUCUGGAUGAUGACAUCCAUCAAAGGUCAAAUAUGCAUUCUCAUUCUCGUCGGGGAAAGAGGGAGAAAAUAAACACUGAGAUGUCUGAUGCCAUUAAAUUCAUGGCCCAAGCAUAUAACCGAAGGAUAGAUACACUCGUUGAACAUGCUGAGAAGUACUCAAUUGGAAAGUGCAUCAAGAUUCUUGAAAACAUGGAAGGAUUGCCCAUGAGAACCUACCUGAAGGCAACAAAGAUGUUCCAGGAACAAGGGUGGAGGGAGACUUUUAUUGAGAUGUCUGAAGACCGCAGAAAGGGUUGGUUGGAAGCUGUAAUGUCUGGAGAAAUAUGAUUUUUCUUGCUUAAUGGCAUUGUAGCAUUUCACAUUUGUGUUUUGUGAUUUAUUGUGGGAUACACAUGAUAUCGCUUUUCGGGUAUAAUGUGCUACAGAUGGAUUUUGUGUUAUUACAUCCCUUUUAUAUUAGAAUGUUGUGUAUUUUUUCAGUGACA